UCUCAUACUCCCGGCCAAUCGCCCUGUGUGGCUAAGGGCCAUUUCCUUUGUGGCUGAAGAAGAAGAAGAAGAAGACCUCUCGAGACCUUGCUUGCUGUUCCCAUGCAGUCACUACCCCUCACUCACUCACUUUUGACCAGCGGGCAACACUUCCUCAGCUCACCUGUCCUGUUUUCGUUUUUCGUCAGAAAUCCUACCAAGGCUUGCAUCAUCAUACAGCAUCGUAAGGUAUGGUAAGUAUCGUAUUCAGCGGUAGAACUAUAGCAACAUGUAGAUGGGUAGAAAUCCAGCGAACCGGCAGAGAAGUACGGAGGGAGUUGUCUCAGGAAAGGAGCCGGCGAUAUUUCGAACACAGACUGUUCUUCUGGGCACCGUCCUCAUCAUUGGCAUGGUAUUUAAAGGUUAGGUUUGACUUGUUAAAGGUUCAUGCUGUCGUGUCUUGUUCGGACCACAGCCAGUUCAGAACACUUUAUUGAUCACGAUGGCACUCGUGCCUUUACACAUGCGCCAUAGUGGCGACACUACAUUUCCUCCACGCAAAAAAAAAAAAAAAAAAAAAACAUGCUAAGACAAAACAGUAAAAUUUUGUCGAAUUAACAACUAUGAUUCUUUAAACGAGUUGGAAGUGCGCGUCUUUUGGUACUUCAACGAAGCUGAGGUGCGCAGUCUUCGUUGUUUUGUCUCAGGAAGGUUUGGCUGGCGUACCUGUGCCCUGGCAUGGACGACGAGGUCUUCUCUGGUGGAGCUCUCCUGCUCCCAGUACAUGGCGACGGGCGUCGAUUCCGUUUCGGGACUCCUUGAUUGUAGUAACUUUGGUGCCACGUACUUAGGUACUUUGGAAAACCUGCUUGCGUUCCAAAUUUUCUUAUCGUCCAACAGGAAGGAGUUCGGCCCUCAGUCAUUUUUGAAGUGAACCUGCAGCCACACAUGGGACACCUCAGCUCAGCUCGCCUGUUCAGCUUUCGUCUAUAAUAAGAACCACUACUCUGGGCUUCCAUACAACAUCGUAAUGGAUGCACAAGGACAGGGUUACGACCAAUACUACUCCGGCGUGACGGAGGGGUUCACCGACCAGACCGGAUACGACCAGUUCGGUGGAUAUCCUCAAGACUACUCUGAAGGGCAAUCGGGGUUUUUCGAGCAGGAUCAAUCGCAAUCGGGGUUGUUCGACCAGAGUCAAAUGCAGUCGGGGUUUCUCCAGCAGGAUCAAACGCAAUCGGGGUUUUACCAGCAGACUCCAAUUGGGACAACUCAGACCGAGACAAGUGACGACAGCACCACCACCUUGGUUGUCUGUGCCGUGUGUCUCCUCCUCCUGAUAGGGGGCCUUCUGGUCUUCCUCGUAUUUUCGACCACCGGGACAUCCGACACUGGCGACGUCCCUGACAGAAGGGGAGGUGGAGCGAGAGGAGGGGGAGGAGGAAGUGGAAGUAGCAGUAGCAGUGAACCUGGAGAUGCCGAAGAGGAGACAGACGUCAGUGUUAUUGAAGACAUAUACCCAACAUCAGCCAGCACCACCCUGAAGACUCCUGCUACGAGGAGGACUACACCGUCAACGACUACCACUACGACUACCACUACGACGACUACGACUACCACUACGACGACUACGACUACCACUACGACGACUACGACUACCACUACGACGACUACGACUACCACUACUACGACAACGACUACCACUACAACGACAACGACGACGUCUACAACGACCCCGCAUCCAAACUUCCAACCGUUGCUGUGCACCGUGGGGUCCCAGGCGACCAACAAGUACUUCUACCCAGAUAAAGAUCUCUGUGACAUCCUCUUCUUCACCCACAUCUACUGGGACGAGGCAGAAUCCAAGUGGACUCCUUCGUAUAUCCCGGAUGGUCGGGUGGCAUAUGAUACUUUCUUGGAGCACGUAAAGACCCGAGAACACAGUGGUGUCUCUUUCGAUUUCAGGCAUCUGAAAUCAAUAAACUCGCAGAUGGAUAACAGCAAACUGGAACUGUUGUAUACAAACAAGAUCAAGCAUUUCGGCGUCCUCAAUAUACUGAUCGAGGCCAAUGAAGGUUCUGCUCUUAUUCCUGUUAACGAUUUGUUCUCGAAGAUACAGACGAUUUUGAAGCAAGGUCACGCCUAUGGGGAAACAGGCCGUGGUACAGAAAACCCGAUGUACCUGGUAGCGGCUUUCAAGAUGAAGAACUUUGCCUCAGACAGAACAACAUUUGCCACCACAAUCAAGGACUUUGCUCAAAAUUCAAUAGCCAACUACAUCGUCGUGAACACUGCAAUCAACACCUGGCAUGGUGGCUGCAAGAGCUUCCCGCCAACGAUGUGGUCAGACUCCCAACAGACUUACCAGCCAGCGUUUGACACCGCAAUAAGGGACAUCCUUUCGAAGGCACAGGACUGGGAUAGCGACAAGUCCGCCCUCCUGGCUUUCUCCCUCGGCGUGUCCACCUAUUACUUUGAAAGUGGCCGCCAAGAGGCAUCGCCCAUCUUGGAAGACUGUAAAGAUUAUAUGAUGGUAUUCUACAAGCAGGUGUGCGACGUGAAAAAACCAACGGUUCCUCUGGGCUGCAAAUGCCAUUCCCACGGAUCUGGGCAAUACAUGUACGUUUGGGACACGCUGGAUGACAUUAACGAGAAGAUGAAUCUGUCGAUUGACACUUACAAGAGACCGCACUUCGGAUUCAUCAUCUUCGACACAGAGUUCUCAGACCUGGCGACUAGUGCAUGCAUAAGGCGUCACGGAACAUUUCCCCGCCUUCGUGCUGCCAGAGACAGGAUGAACGCAUACCACAAGGAACAGGAUCCAAUGGAAGCGCAGACUCAUAGUUGACGAGACUGCAUUCUGCUUUAUUAAAGGGUCUCUGACCAGAAGCUGGA